UGGUCGUAAUGAUGUUGUGUAUCCGGUAUUCCGGUAUCGGCGGCGUAAGCACCAAGGUUGCGCUCGCAGCGAACUGAUUAAAAUAACGGAAUUUUCGCGUCCAAUAAGACAAAAUAUACACUAUUAUCAUUUAUCUCAUUGUAGGUUAAAAUAUAGAAACGGCCAAAUUCCUAACUGAUUGUCGCGUACCGUUCUGUCGAUUUCGAUUUAACGACAGGGAUCGAACGGCUGUGUUCGCCGGCUGUUAUGGUCGCCCCAAUAACGUUGAAGAUUUUGAACCACCGCCUCUGACCGAAGAAACGACGCCGGUACUGCCGUCGCCGACCACCUAAUAGUUGUUGUGGUUCAUUUUCUCCCGUAAACGCAACCCAGUCCCGUGCAAUGGGUGAGAGUAUUUCUGACCAAGAACUGCGGCGACGCCUGUUGACCUUCAACACUGUCGUUCCUCCGGUCACCAAUUCAACCAGAAGAUUGUUGCUGAAAAAACUUGCAGAUCUUGAAAGCCGCCAUUCGAGUCAAAUUGAAUCCCCCAAAUCAAAUGAUAUAUCCUUGAUAAAUGUAUCAAACUGGAAUCAUUCUGCUAGCGAAGACGAGGAAAAAAACUCUUAUUUGUUUACAGAAACCAAAAAGUUUUCUAACAAACUACCUGAAAUACAGACUGAAAAAAAAAAAUCAAGACUUUUUGACUCUAGUGUUAGUAUAACUCCACGAGAACCUGUUUUUCGAAGUCCACGUUCGAAUCCUAUAACUGAAACACCUUAUGCUGAUCAAGCUAUUCAAAGAUGGAAAGAAAAAAUGAUGAAUCAAUCUCAAAAUAAAAUUGAUGUGUCAAAUACUUCGCAGUUUGAUUUUCCAUCCCCUGUUUCAUCAAUUUAUUCUCAAAAUUCAAGGAGAUAUAUUCAACCAAUACAACAAAGGAAUCUGGGAAAUGGCUAUACAAGAAAUACCCAGUAUAUAAUAUUACUUUUUAUUGGGUUUUUUGUAGUGAUUUUUGGAUUAUAUUUCACUUCUAUACAAUCAAGUACAGUUAUAUUACCUUCAGGUAUUUUAAACUCCUUAUGUGCCAAAAAAAGUCUACAAGGGUUGGACUGUGAUACAGAACAAAAAAGAGUACAACAUUUAUAUAGCUCUUUGGUAUCCCAAGUUCAAGAUAAGUACAUCAAGAACCAAUGUGAAAAGUCUGAUAUAGAACCAACUGUGGAUGCUCAAACUAUAUUUGAAUAUAUUUCAACUCGUGAAAAUUUACCAUCAAGGGAAGUUGAAGAAUUAGUUGAAUUAUUUAAAAGUAUUGCAAAAACCUAUACUGACUCACCCAUUGGUUUUGACACUUCAUUUAAUAUCAAUGUACAACCAAAUUUACCAGUUCUAUGUGCAGUUAAAAAUAUUUUUACCAACAUGUUCUAUCUUAUUUUAUGGCUAGGAAUAGUUUCAUUGUCUAUCGUAAGCCUUUAUUUUGGAAUAUGCUACAUGACAACUAAAAGUGAAAAGCAUAAACAAGAAGUUAAUCGCUUAGUUGAAAACAUAAUUGAUUUACUGAAGCAACAAGCUCAAUAUCGACCUAAUGAAGGUUAUUUACCUAUCAUACACAUACGUGAUCAAUUAAUCCCACCAAAUGAGAGACAAAGUAUAUAAAAACAUAUUUUACUAUAAAGAAAAUUGCUUUUUUUCUAUAAAUUAAUUAUUUAUUCCAGAAAAAUCCAAAUUUGGACUGAGGUUGAACAGUAUUUCACUGAAUCAGAAUCAAGAGUAAGAUCUGAGAUUCAACAAAUUGAUGGAGAAGACUUUCAAGUAUGGAGAUGGGUUCAACCUAUGUCCCCUGUCACAGUGAAAAAAGUUUGGCAAGGUCAAGCAUUUGAAACUAAUGAAGGUAGUAUGAACUCUCCUCAACCAAGUCCUACUUCUUGUUUAAAAAUCCGUCAUAUGUUUGGACCAGAUUCUAUGUUAGGAAUUGAUUGUGAAACACGUGUCAAAGAUGCUAUUCUUGAAAAAUGUGAGUCUGUAGAAGUUUUACAUCUUUCAGUUGAUCGUAGUAGUCAUGAAGGAUGUGUUUAUGUUAAAUGUGCCUCUCCUGCUGAAGCAGGAAAAGCUUAUAGACAGUUACAUGGGUUUUGGUAUGAUGGAAAAUUGGUAACUGUAAAAUUUUUACGUUUGGAGCGUUAUCAUCAAAGAUUUCCAGACGCUGUUAAUACAACAAUACCCCUUAUGCCAUCUAAUAAUGAAAAACGUUCGUUACAAUAAAUUACAUUGUUAUAUUGAAAUAAUUUUAUAUCACUAACAUUGUUGUUUAAUUUUAAAAACGCCUUACGUUUUAAUAAUUAUUAAUAUAAUAAGUAAAUGUUUUUACAUUACUGCUAGU